AUGAAUUUUCGUGAACAAUACGUUCAGGGUGGGCAGACAGGAGGCCAUGAAGCUGCCCGGAGAUUGAUCCAGGCUGUUGAAGCACACCUUCAAGACGUUGACGCCGAAGCCCCCUCCAACAUCCGAUACAGAGUUUAUGUGUAUGCGAAUAUGGAAGGCCUGACCAACGCCUAUCGUGACGCUGGUAUAAUUCCUGCGAAUGAUAGCCUCACCCCAUUUAUCCAUGGAUUCAAUAAAGCAGAUGAGCUGUGUAACUUCGUGGACGCUGGGAAUGGAAAGGAAUGCUCUGAUGUUAAACUACGAGCCCAUUUCGAGCAAAACAUAAUCGACGUCCACUGUCGGCGGAUUGUGUUCUGUGCCUCCGCAGACAACGGCUACGCGCGCAUCCUUGGCCCCCACCGCGGGUCGAAACACAUUUCGCUGGUCAGGGGACCACCAUUUGCACACGAGAUAAAGGAUUUAGCCGCCGACUUUGAAACAACCUCGUUCGAUGAGAUCUUCUUAUCAAGCAAGCUAAAACCCACUAGGAGGGUGUCGUUUGGCUCUCAGGUCCAACACACUGUCAUCACGCCGCCACAGACACCCACCCCCAACUAUGCGUCGGCGGCAAAAUUGGCGCCUACGCCAUCACCCUCGACCAGUAGCACAAAACCCCAAGCACCAAGGCCUCGUCGAGUCAGUCCGCCAAUAUGCGUGAAUGUAAGAGGCCACCGGAUCGAUAGACCAGCCCAGUAUUCCUCGAAGGCGAAUGUCGAUUCCCUGAAGCGAAAGAAAAUGUGUAAUAAGUAUCACCUCCUAGGAUCAUGCCCCUUCGGUGAUAAGUGCGCGCACAAACACGGCCCAGCUCUGAAAGCACAAGAACAAACUGAUCUGGCAUAUCUGGCCCGGCUGUCCCCCUGCUACGAAGAUCUGUAUUGUAGGGAUGUGGACUGUAUCUCUGGACACCGUUGUCCGCGAGACCUCUGCUCCAACCCCAGCUGCAAGUUUUCUGAAGCCAUGCAUCUUGUUGACACGACUAUUGUGGCGGAGAUUUAA